UUCGGUUUAUUUACUUUGGUUUUGGGUAUAUCUGAGGUCCGUGAUUUUUGUGCUAUUUAGACGACUGGAUUUUUGUGGCUGGUUCUCCCGCUCCCCCACCAUCGCAGGCGACAAUCCAGAUUUUCUUGUCUCCCUCUUUCGAUACUCUCCAUAUCAUCAAUCCCGACACGCAGACUUGAACCGAAGCAAUGGCGCCGACUAAGGGCCCCGCCGCUGGCAAGGCCUCGAACAAGAGCGACGGAAAGAAGAGCAAGCCCCUCUCGUCCGCAUCGAAAGUGAACAAGAAAGGCGCCAAGCGCCCGCCGCCCAAGGAAGUCAAGGCGAAGGCGCGCACGGAGUCUAGUCUGUUGAAGAAGACGAAGAAGAGAGAAUAUACCGAGGAGGAACUGGGACUGCCCAAGCUGAAUGCGAUCACCCCCGUUGGUGUGGUGAAGCCCAAGGGCAAGAAGAAGGGCAAGACUUUCGUUGACGAUGCGGAGGGAAUGAUGACAAUCCUCGCCAUGGUCAAUGCCGAGAAGGAAGGACAGAUCGAAUCCAAGAUGAUGAAGGCUCGUCAGUUGGAGGAGAUCCGUGAGGCUAAGAGAAAGGAGGCAGAGGCUAGACAGGCGCAGAAGAAGUCUAAGCUGGAGGAAGCGAAGCAGUCUAUUCGCCAAAAACGCAAGCACAAGGGUGGCUCCAGCGAGACAAAGGAUGAAGCACCCAGCAGGGAGUCGUCUUCAAAGUCAAAAGGAAAGAAGAAGAGUGUUGCGUUUGCUUGAAAUUCUAUGUACAAAAGUAAUUCUGUCUAUACCGGGUCUAUGUAGUUAGAUGGGUUUCUGGCGUUAUACUGGUCUAUGUCUUCCGAAACAAUGGCGUGCAUGACACAUGAUGAGCAUCUCUCCAAUUGAAGCACUGAUCCUAUCAAUGGGACCAGUUCGGUUAUGCAAUAUUUGUUGACUAGGGCCUGAUUUGC